CGUGUCCGUCUACCGCGUGAUCUUUUUCAGCUUCGUUGGACCGAGAGCUGGCCAUUUUUAUUCAGCCCUCUCUCUAGCUCGGCAAUGGCCGCGAGGGCGUGUCCUGCUGCUUCUGAUCACCGUGUGUGCUGAAGCAUCCGACGCGCUUGCGCCGAGCAGCAGGAGCCGCUCAUGCUCGCCUUCCCUCCCCUUGCUAACUGAAGCAGUAAGAGAUCAAGUUCACAGAGGGGGUUCGUCUGAUCUACAAAGCCCAGCUAUACAUCGCCCUAGCUUGCAGAUCGCAAGCUAGAUAGCAAUGGAGAACCACCAGCUGCCCUACACCACCCAGCCCCCGGCAACCGGUGCAUCCGGAGCCCCGGUGCCGGGCGUGCCUGGGCCGCCGCCGGUGCCACACCACCACCUGCUCCAGCAGCAGCAGGCCCAGCUGCAGGCGUUCUGGGCGUACCAGCGGCAGGAGGCGGAGCGCGCGUCGGCGUCCGACUUCAAGAACCACCAGCUGCCGCUGGCACGGAUCAAGAAGAUCAUGAAGGCCGACGAGGACGUGCGUAUGAUCUCCGCGGAGGCGCCCGUGCUCUUCGCCAAGGCGUGCGAGCUCUUCAUCCUCGAGCUCACCAUCCGCUCCUGGCUGCACGCCGAGGAGAACAAGCGCCGCACACUGCAGCGCAACGAUGUCGCAGCUGCCAUCGCGCGCACCGACGUCUUCGACUUCCUCGUCGACAUUGUGCCGCGCGAGGAGGCCAAGGAGGAGCCCGGCAGCGCAGCCCUCGGGUUUGUCGCCGGAGGGGUUGGUGCGGCCGGUGGGGGCCCCGCCGCCGGGCUACCGUACUACUAUCCGCCGAUGGGGCAGCCGGCUGCACCGAUGAUGCCGGCCUGGCAUGUUCCGGCGUGGGAACCAGCGUGGCAGCAAGGCGGGGCGGACGUGGAUCAAGGUGCCGGGAGCUUCGGCGAGGAAGGGCAAGGGUUCACGGGGGGCCAUGGUGGCUCGGCUGGCUUCCCUCCGGGGCCUCCAAGCUCCGAGUGAUCGCUGCUAGAGCUGCGCGUAUUGGAUACUCAAAAUGUUAUUUACCACGCCGCGCAAUGUAAUUGUGUGAGUAUAUGGCAUGUCUUGCGUUAAUUAAGGACUAACAAGCAGUUAAUUAUGCAUCCCUUUUGGAAAAACAACCAGAUAAUACUACCAUGAAUUUGAAUCCA